UAAAUGUGGUGGGGUCGUGCCCACAAUCGGGAAUGAGGUGGAGACCCCUCACUCCGCAGGCCCGGCUGGCACAGACAGCACGAACGAGGAAUCAAGCCAAGGCCAGUGUCAGCCAAGAGCCUCCAAGGAGGGAACCCGAACCAGGGAGAAGGAAAGAGGUUGUGGAAGUAGAGGACGACGAUGAUGAAGAGGAAGAGGACGAGAGGCUGCGCAGGGAAGAUGAUCAGAGAGCGGAGCAGCGGGCAAGGAAAAAGGGAACCAAGGGAGAGGCCGAACCGGUUAUACAUGACGAACCGCCCAAAAAGAAGAAAUACGCGGUCCGGUUGGAAGAGGGAUUUGACGUAGAAAAGGUGAUUGACCGGCUGCUGGAAGGGCAUAAUGACCUCAUGACCCUGAAGGAAAUCCUAGCGUCAGCCCCACGACUCUGCAAUGAACUGAAGGGGAGGUUAUCACGGCUCCUGUUGCCCAAUGUCCAUCUGGGUACGAUCCUGCCCAAGGAGGCAGAGUGGGCAGAGUCAGGUACGAAGAUGGACUGGACGUGCGUAGUCUGCGGUACAGUGGAUUUGAUGGUGAAGGGUUCCAAGUGCGCAGCAAUGGUGGACACCGGGGCAGAGAUGAACAUUAUUCGGGAGGCGGACGCGAUCAGAUUCGGGCUGGAUAUAGAUUGUUCUGACUGCGGUAUUCUGCAUGGAGCCAGCUGUAAGGCCGUGUUUUGCGGGAAGCCCUUGAAUGUGCUCGUCGAGGUUGGAAAGGUGAAGGUCAGGGCAUGCUUCUUCAUACUGCCGGACGUGGACCAUGGAAUCCUCCUGGGGAGGUCAUUCCUAAGUAGGACAGAGACCGUGAUGUUCAACAAACAUGAUGGGACGUUGAUCAUCCUCUUAUGCAAUCCUGCCUGCGGGAAUUAUGAAAUAAUUACUUGCAGGAACACCGGGCCAAGGAGCAUAUGGAACCGGCCCAAUCCAGGAUCAUUCACAAUCGAGGAGUCGGAAGGGGAGCGCAGGAGGCUCUGGGAAGAGCCCGAAGCAGGAGAGAGGGAUUUGCAAAGACUGAAUGUAGUGACCGUGCGAGAUGCUGGAGGACUGCCGAAUGCAGAUGUACUGUCAGAAUCCUGUGCUCAAAGACCUAUAAUUUUGCUUAUAAACCUUUACUCAGAAUACGAUCAGUUCCCAGUCUACCCGCCGGAUAGGCCGGUGACGGCUAUGCACACGCCGCAAGGAUUAGUCCACAUGAACGUGGCCCCACAAGGAUGGACCAACGCAGUAGCAAUGGUCCAACGGGCCAUGAUUCGGGCCAUGCAGUCAGUCAGCCCCCAUAUCACACAGCCAUACAUUGACGAUUUGCAGGGGCCGGCGAUGAAAGAGAGCGACGAAGUCUCACCAGAGGUAAGGCGCUUUGUCUGGAAACACAUCCAGGACCUCGAAAAGGUCCUGAGCCUGCUCGAAGAGCAUAACCUCACGGCAAGCAGGGCCAAAUGCAGACACUGCAUGAGGGAAGCGAUUAUCUUAGGGAUCGUCUGCAAUGAGAAGGGCCGAAGGCCGGAUGUGAAGAAGACGGACAAGAUUACUGAGUGGCCAGUUCCGUUCCACUCCAUAACUGAUGUCAGGAGCUUCCUUGUUGCCAGAUGGCUGACGUACAUCUGGAUGUUCAAUUUCGAAUUGGAACGGAUUCCUGGUAGUAAGAACCGGGCGGACGGGCUGAGUCGGAUCAACUGGGAUAAACAGGAAGGGGAGGCGGUGGAGAAUACGCCCCCAGUUGAUGGAUUUCUGGAUCAGGAAGAAGAUGUUCGUCUUCAUAUCAACAAAUGGUCGCUGCGAGUGCCCAGCUGUGUAGGCUAUCCUAUCUGGCAAGCGUCGAAGGGGUAUGAAAGGAGGAAUGUGCUUCUCCUUAAGCCCUUUGAGGAAGAAGAUCCCUGGGCGGAAGGCCUCGACCAGUCAGGCUCGUUGAACUCGACAGGAAAUGUGGACGAAGUGCCUGAGAGCCAGGACGACGAGUUCGAGGAGGGGGAGAUUAAGGAGGUUUUUCGUGCAGAGGAGUACUACGGGAUCUACCUAGAACAGGGGCUUCUUCUGUCAUGUGAAAUGCGGCUAAGGGAUGCAAGCGAUAGGGCUCAGAGGAUGCUGCAGCGCUACUUAGUGCGAGACGGCCACCUUUUCGUGAGAAGAGAAGUGAAAAAUCCCAGGAGGGUCGUCUGCGGUAGGAAUCGUCAGAUCGACGUCGUAGCAGUACUUCACGAUGGCAUUGCAGGAGGGCAUCGAGGGGUACAAGCCACGUAUGCCAGAAUAAGUGAGCUGUACUACUGGGAUGGAAUGAUGAACAUGGUCGGAAAAUUAUGUCGAUCCUGCAUGCCCUGCCAGGAGAGAUCCCGUUUAAGGCAAGGAGAGCCGUUGCAUCCAAGGUUAGAGCGAGAGGUGGGGGCCGUAGGGCAUCUCGAUCUGCUUUUUAUGCCACUUGGGGAUCAGGGCUAUAACUAUAUCUUCGAUGCGCACGAGAACCUGUCGGGGUUCGUAGACGGGCGUGCUAUUCGCACCAAGACCGGGUUAGUCUUAGUGAGCUGCAUCGAGGAAUAUUACCUGCGUUACCCUUUCGUCAGGGAAUUUGUAAUGGACAGGGGAUCGCAGUUUACCUGCCAGGAGGUGCAAAAAUUGUUAUCAAGGUAUGGUGUAGCAGCCAACUACACCACGGCCGCGCACCCCCAGGCAAAUGCUCCCGUAGAGAGAGGACAUAGUACCAUUACGAGUCUCCUGGCUAAGUGGACCGAAGAAAGGCCUAAUCAAUGGCCAAGAUACCUAAGGGCGGCGUUCUUUGUCGACAACAUUACAAUAAAAAGAUCCACCAAGCACGCACCGGCGACAUUGUGGUAUAGAAGGCACGCCACCUUCCCUAUCGAGAGCUUUCUUAAGAAAUGGAGGCGCCAGGAUCUGGAAAUUAACCUGUCAUUUGAAGAAUUGCUCGAUAUUCGGGCGCGACAUAUAGGAGCGAUAGAAGAAAGGAUCCAGGAGGCGUCUGACCAGGUGGUGAGAAGUCGUAUGGACGAUAUGGCUCGAUGGGAUCAAUCUGCGCGGGUGAGGAAAGUGCCCUUGGCAGUUGGAGAUGUCGUGCUUCUCUACGAUUCAUCACUGGAGAAGCAAUGGUCCAGGAAGCUCGAUAAGAGGUGGUUAGGUCCCUACCGGAUCGUACGGGUCGGAGACUUCGGAGCGUAUCAGAUUGAGGAGCUAAAUGGGACUGAGUGGAAGGAUUGGGUAUCUGGAACGCGACUGAAGAAAGUCGUGGCGAGAGAAGAGCCCGGGGAGGCGAGACCGUCUCGGGGAGGACGGAAGGCCCUAGCCAGGAGAGAGGAGGAGCCGGAGCGGGAGCCAGAGGUUGAGGAGCGAAGGGCAUACCCUGAGUAUGGGUUGGGACCAGUGGAGUUCCAUCGUUUUACUGAGGGUGGAUUGAGGAGAUCACCAGCACACACACGGGAGGAGCCGCCAGGGUCUGCAGGGUCGUUGAGGGAGUUGGAGACGCAUCUGGAUAUCUCUCAGUGGAGAGCGUCGCCUCAGGAUGAGAAACAUGAAGAGCAAGUAGAAAGGGUGCCACAAGAGAAGGAGCCACAAGAGGAGGUGCUACGAGAGGAGGUACCACGAGAGGAGGUGCCACGGGAGGAGGUGCCACGAGAGGAGGCGCAGGGUACUCAGCGAGAGAGCAGGCAGGGCGACGGGGGGAGACGUGCAGGGAAGGAAGUGAUAGAGGUUGGAGAGGACACGCCCCCACAGACGCCAGUGGUGGGUUUGAGACUCGGGGAUGCACCAGAGAGCACUCGUCAAGCAGAGGAGAGAUUGCGGAAAGAGGAGGCCCCAUUUCCUUCAUCAGAGAGGGCUCUAUCGCCAGAGGGGAGAGCCGGUAGGAGGAGAGAAAUAACAGUUGUAAGGAGAGAGGCCUUGACCCUGAUUGAUAGGCACCUAGCAGCUUAUGCCCUGGAGCAUCCAGACCAAGAGGAGCCAGCACUUGCAGAGCCGUGCCAGGAGCCGUACCAACCCGAGAAGGAGAUGGAAGCAGAGAUCCCAAAGAGGGUCGACCUCCGCACGAGGGAAAGGGCGCCAACUGGAGAGACGGCUGAAGAAAAGAGGGCGAGAAGAACCAAACGGAUAGAUGAGAUAUGGCAGGAGAGGCAGAGGUUGGAGGCAGCGGGGGAGCUUCCGGAGCAUCAACAGGAAAGGCAGAGAUCGGAGGCAGCAGGAGCACUCCCAGGGCCUCGCCAAGAGCCACCUAUGGGGAGAGUUAUCCUGGAGCCAGAGGAGGCGAGAGCCCAGAGACAGGCAGAGAAAGAGGCGUUCGAGUUUAGAGCCCCUACUGAGCUCGCGACGCUGCCAGUGGCAGCGCCAGACCCAGUCGUACCUUUGGCAGUAGAGGAGGGGCUGCCACCAUCUAGCAGUGAGCCGGCUCAGGGCUCAGCAGAGGGAUUCAUGGACGUGCUCCUUGAGGCGGUGCAUACUAUGCAGGAGGAGGUGAGUUUGUUUUCACCUGAGCAGAGGAUAGAGGAGCCUCUUGAGAGAGAGAUAGGGAUUGAGGCGGAGAGUGCCAUCGAGAGCAGGCUUCAGAGGAUGGGUACGCCUGAGUAUGGGCCAGGGGAGAUUGAGGAGCAGCCCAUGGCAGUGCCAGGAGAGACACUCAAGAAGAGACCUCAGAGGUUGGACACACCUGAGUACGUCCCGGUGACAGGGGAUUUGAGGAGCAGACUGGGAUUUUGGGCUACAGGAUCUGGGUCUCGGGGACCGGUUCCUGGAAUGGAGCAGCAGGAGGUCGUUAGUACCGCAGCUCCUGGGACAGAGCAGCAGGGGAUAGUCAGUACCUUGGUAGGAUCUCCCUCAUCACCACCUCCUCAACCCAAGAAGAAGAAGUUCAAGAGGAAGGUCGAUCAACUAUGUUUCUACUGCAAGAGGGACGUGCAUCAUGCUCUGGACUGUCUCGAGUUCCUUGAGGAUAAGGCAGAAGGAAAGGUCUCAGAGGCAGGGGGUAAGAUGUAUGAUAGGCAGGGUAGGAUAGUAGAGAAGUCCGCAGAUGGACUCAAGGCUCAGUUAUAUAGGCAAAACCAGGAGGAGUUGAAGAGGUAGGGCCGGUUUGUCUAUAUAAGUGGGCGAGUAUCUUGUGAGGCAUCAGUUUAGGUUCUGUGUGAUACCCUCUUAGACCUAGAGGGCU